GGGUAAUCCAUACUGUUUUUGCAAGCUUCGUAUUAAUACUUAUUUGGGGAGAGUGUUAAGUUCAAAUUUUUUCAUUGAAAAGACUGCUCGUUUUGACUUUAGUCCAUCAUUUAUCAUCAACGAGAUAACACACAAGUUUGGUAUUUUAGAAACCAUCAGAACAAUUCACACACAUAACAAUCAUAACUAGAGUUCAAGAAUCAUGUUUUUCUUGAAAGAUUUAGCGUUAAAUCUAACUUUGCAUCCAUCGUAUUUUGGUCCACAGAUGAAUCAAUAUUUAAGAGAUAAAUUACUUAGUGAUGUGGAGGGAACAUGUACAGGUCAAUUUGGAUAUAUAGUAUGUGUUUUAGAUUGCAUGAAUAUUGACGUGGGUAAAGGUCGAAUCAUUCCAGGUUCCGGUAUGGCUGAAUUCGAAGUAAAAUAUAGAGCAGUGGUUUGGAAACCGUUUAAAGGUGAAGUUGUCGAUGCAGUUGUUACAACAGUCAAUAAAAUGGGAUUUUUCGCUGACGUAGGUCCCUUAUCGGUAUUUGUAAGUACUCAUUUGAUUCCUUCCGAUAUGAGAUUCAACCCAUCUGCUAACCCCCCGGCUUAUGUGAGUGCAGAAGAAAAUAUAGAAAAGGGAUCCAGAGUUAGAUUGAAGAUAGUAGGUACAAGAACCGAUGUUAACGAAAUUUAUGCCAUUGGUAGUAUCAAAGAAGAUUAUUUAGGCCCAAGUCCUAUGUAAAUAAUCAUAAUAAAACAAAACUAUGUACUAUAUAUAUUUUCCAGAUCAAAAAACUUUCAGUAAAAAAUCAAUACAUUAAUUUUCG